AUUUACCAGGACCCUGUAAGAUAAUGGUAUAGUCCAUCUGUGCACCCCUCCACACUGAGCUCAUAUGAAACUCCUCAUCCUGCAGUGACUGCUGGGAAGACAUACGGACGAGGGAGGAAGCAAACUGAAGAGUUUCUUCUUCAGGUAAAGGGCUCUUCCUUCAGACUCAAUGGCUGAGAUCUUCGAGGACCCAGAGAAGCUGAAGAGGGGCCUUGUGAAGGUUCUCGAAUGUGUGGCCACCAUCUCGUCAGCAGCAGCGGUGGUCAAUCCCAUCUUCGGCGUGGCCGGCUCUCUCAUCCGGGUGGUGCUGCACCAUGUGGACGAUGAAGACAUUCAGAAACUCAGACGGGAGUUCGGCAGCGUGAAUCGAGCCCUGGAUGAAAUUUCACAACAGAAUCAGAAUGUAUUACUUCAGAUCAGGAAGGAGACGGUGGAUGGUCUGUACUGUCGUCUAGAAGAAAACAUUCGUAAUCAGUUCUACAAAUUCAUGGACGCCGUGGAGGCGUCUGCAGCACACGAACAGCGCAAGAAGGAGUUUGAAAUGAGCUUUGUGAUCAAUCAGUGUGACCAGAACCUGUACACACUUUAUGGUGCGGUGAUGGGCGAAUCAAAGAUCUUCAGCCAGCCCAUUCUGGAGGUGUACAUGAAGCAUUCACAGGGUGACCAGCGCGUCAUGGAAAACCUCUGCACGCGACUCACAUACCUGUUCUGCAUCGGCCUCAUUGCUCUCAUGAGUUAUGCUGCCAUCGUCGGAGAUGAUGAAGGAGCUCUGAGCAUCGAGUGGGAAGAGAAAAUGAAAGAUGUGGCCAAGAAAAUGUCAGAAGUGCUGAACACUUAUGAGUGAUUUUAGCCCGUGUGACUUUUCUUUCAUGACUUUCUAUCUUCUCUGUCUAUUUUAUCAGUCAAUGUCCUAGCAAGUACUUAGAACAUCCCGACUAAUGCUCUCACAACCUCUCAAAAC